CUAAUUUCGCACUUUACCCGCUCCCGGAAAGCCCGGGAUUUGUGAAAAAAGAGAAGGAAAAGGGGGAAAAAUAAUUCUUAUAACAAUAAGAAGAAAAACAAUAAUUAAUCGAAUUUGUUCUUCCCAUUUUCAGUCUUGGGUGGUUUCUUUCUUUGAUUCUUUCUUUCUUUCCCUGUUCUUCUUCUCUUUCUUUCUUUUUUCCUUCUCCUUUCUCAACAUAAAAUUAUCUCUUGUUUAGGGAGGAAGGAGAGUUGAACAACCUUUUUGUUUGUGUUCACAAAAAGAUUGGCCACCGGAGGAGGAGAGGAGGCAGCGGCGUUCUGUUUGUUGAUUCGCGUUGGAGGCCACUGAGUUGCGAGCGAUGAGUCAGGAACUCAGUGGGCGGAGCAGUAGUACCACCGUUGAUGAUCAUCAGAAAACGGUUUCUGUUUCCUCUUCCGCCGCUGCGGGCGAUGACUCGGCGUCGGCUUCGGCGGCCUCGUCGCCGACGAGCAGGGUGAAGUUUCUUUGCAGCCAUGGUGGGAAGAUUCUGCUGAGGCCUCCUGAUGGUCACCUGAAAUACGUCGGAGGCGAGACUCGUGUCAUCGCUGUACCGCGCGAUAUCCGCUUCUCAGACCUGAUGAAGAAGCUCAAAGCAGAAUUUGAGAGCGACGUGGUGCUCAAGUACCAGGUCGUGCCAGAAGAUCUCGACAUACUGGUCUCUGUACGAACAGACGAAGAUCUAAAGCACAUGCUAGAGGAAUACUACCGCCAUGAGAGCGAAGGAAUAACAAAGUUCCGAGCUUUCUUGUUCCCAUCCAACCCAAGCCUCCUCGAGUCGCCAACACCCAUCUCUUCGGACCCACAUGCAGCUGAGCAACGCUACAUCGAUGCAGUCAAUGGCACCACAUAUCAACGAUCAGGACUCCACAAUUCACGACAGCCAUCGACCCUUGGCCGGCCUACAUUCAGCAUAUCCGCUUGCAACUCUCCCAAUUGCGGGUCUCCAGAGAGUAACCGCAGCGAUACAGUGUCUCCUGAACCUGGAAACUUCACGAUGAACGGCAACAACCCACUCAGCAGCAGCAAACAUUCAAUGUCCAGAGUCCGCAGCUCUCCUAGUCUCUGCAGUUUGAACAACUACCAACAACAACAGCACAGCAACAGCAGCAGUAACCUGGGGAGCAAUCAUCACCAGAUUCACUGGCCUCAUCCACACUACUACCACCAGCAGCACCAACUCCACCAUCCCCACAGUUAUCAACAGCAGCACUCGAAGCCUCCGUCGCAUGAUCCUCACAGGCUAUCCCCAGGGUUGACAUUCAGUGGCCGGCACGAAAUGGGGAGAGGCCCUUCUUCAUCUUCUGCUAUCAAUGGUCAUCAUCAAUACUAUUCGAGCAGCAGGCAUAACAACAACGUGGGAAUGGGAGUUGCUGGUAACAAGUAUGGGUACCAGGAUGAGCAUAAUGGUUAUUCGCCUGCGUAUAAUAGGAACUUUGAUAGAAUGGAUAGUCUUCGUUCGAGUAGCAGAAUGGGAGUCGACAGAGGUGAUAUGAGCUAGCUAAUCAAUGGCUUCUCUUGUUCUCCCAAUUCGAUUUUGACUCUCCAUUUGUGGGGUUUGUCUCUACUUCAUACCAUUAUACAUAUCUUGUUUCCCUGUACAGACAUGUUUUUAAAUGUUCACUAUGUAAUAGAACCAUGAUGCCUAGGGCCUAUAAUAUUAUACCUACUGGUUCGGUAUUUGUAUUUCCUCUGUGUUUUAGCUGUGCUUUCAAAUUCAAGCUAUGGC